CUCCAGUGUUUUGAAACAUAUGCCCCCUACAUUAUUAUAAUGUCCUCAAUCAACACUGCCCUCAGCUUUGAUGACAGCUAUGCGGUCCUCAAUUUAGAUAUGAUGUCCAUUCUCAUCAACGCCGUUAAAGACACGCGCGAAGGCCAGACUAUGAUCACCAAUUGCGCCAAGUGGAAUGAUGCAGUGCACGAAAAGUCUCCUCAUCCUCUUACUAUCUUCUCGACCCUCGCCUUCAGUGCUGGAAAACCUGAAGUCCAGUCCACUUCUCCAUUUGGCAGGCUAAUCGCACCCUAUGGUGAAUUUGCAAGUGGCUCGGCGGAUGUACGGAUUCACGAAAGCUUCAAGGUCGAUAAGAAGGAUCUUGUUCUUGAGAAGACCAGGUGGUCUGCAACUAUGGGCAACUCUCUCGAGCAGAUCCUACGGGCGCGGAAUAUCAAGACCGUCAUUAUUUCUGGUCUGAGUCUUUCUGGUGUUGUGAUGGCCACGAUAUACAGAUUGUUUGAUUUGGAUUUCGAUGUCUAUGUGAUCGGGGAUAAUGUGUUGGAGUUGCCGGUCGAUCAGACAGCUGCAUUCUCCAGUGUUAUGCUUGGUAUGCUUUUGCCAAAGAUGGGAUUCAAGGUCAUCUCCCUGGACGAGGCACUGCAGAUGCUGGAACGGUCGUAG